GAAAAAUUGUGAGUUCAGUCAAAAAGAAAAAGGCAGCAUAUGUUGGAUUUAGGAAAUUGAAGACAGAACCCUUGAAGAAUAUAAAGAAAGCAGGAAAGAAUGGGAAGAUGGAGUUAAGAGGGCUAAAAGUAGCCAUGUAUAAUCUUUGACAAGUAGAAUUAAGGAAAAUCCCAAGGCAUUUUAUAUGUUUAUAAAUAGCAAAAGGGUAGUUAGUAAACAGGUAGGUUCACUCUGGGACAAAGGAGGGAAUUUAUGUUUGAGCUAGAGGAAGUGAGUGACAUCUUUCACGAAUAUUUUGCAUCAUUACUCACGAAGGAGAAGGACAUAGUGGUUGGUGAGUUUCAGGAGGGGUAUGUUGAUAUAAUAGGAUGAGGUAUUAUAUAAAAACAAAGGAGGUGUUGGGUGUUUUAAAAAGCAGUAAGGUAGACAAGUCACCAGGACCUGAUAGAAUCUGUCCCAUAAUACUAAGGGAGAUGAGGGAGGAAAUUGCUGGGCCUUGUAUAAAUCUUUGCAUCCUGUUCGUCCAGGAGAGGUCCCAGAGAACUGGAGAAUAGCUAAUGUUGUCCCUUUGUUUAAGAAGGCCAAUAAGGAAUAUACAGGAAGAUAUUGGCCAGUGAGCCUUAUGUCUGUGGUAGAGAAAUUAUUGCAGAGGAUUCUUAGGGAUUUACUCACAUUUUGAAAAAUAUAGACUUGUUCAUGUGAGGAUGCAUGGCUUUGUGUCAGAAGAGUUGCUUCUCACAAAUUUGAUUGUGUUCUUUGAGGAAAUGAUAAAGAUAAUUGAGGGCAGGGCAGUAGAUGUUGUCCAUAUAGACUCUAGCAAGGCCUUUGACAAGGUCCCUCAUGACUGAUUCAAAAGGUAAAAUGACAUGGGAUCUAUAGUGAGUUGGAAAAUGGAUGCAGAACAGGUUUGGUCUUAGAAGGUGGAGAGUGGUGAUGAAAGGGUGCCUUUCUGACUAGAGAUCUGUGACCAGUGGUAUUCCAGAGGCUGGGACCCCUGUUGUUUGUAAAAUACAUAAAUGAUUUGAAGGAGAAUGUAUAUGACCUGACUAAUAAGUUUGAGGACACAAAGUUUGGGGGGGGGCUGUAGAUUGUAAGGAAAUUGCCAGAGGAUACAGCAGGAUAUAGAUGUGCUAGAGAUUUAGGCAGAGAAAUGGCAGAUGGAAUUUAGUCUGGACAAAUGCCAGAUAACACAUUUUGGAAGGUCUAAUACAGGAGUGAAUUAUACUGCACAGCCCAUACCUACAACCAACAGGACCAACUUUAUAUAUAAAAUACCAUGUGAAGACUGUCACCUGAGGCAAACUGGAAGGAAAUUAGCCAUCAGGGUACACGAAUACCAACUAGCCACCAAGAGACAUGACCAACUAUUACUUGUACCUAUACACAUGGACAAUGAAGGACGUUAAUUCAACUGGGACAACGUAUUCAUCCUAGGACAAGCCGAACAGAGAUAUGCACGGGAAUUCCUGGAAGCCUCGACCUCAACCCGGAAUUCCAAUGUGCAGAGUUAGACCCCAUAUACCAAUACUAAGAAAAAGAACCAACAACAAAACCAGAAAUGACACCACCAACCCCAGUAGACCCAGACACAUGAGUAGCAGGUGGGAUAGAAAGCCAACACUUCACCAGAGGCGCACUGUUGAUGUUACCUAGAAUGGUGGUGAAAUGUCUGCCAACAAGCUUACCAGCUCAACGAGCAAGGAUGAAAAAGAAAUUCUAUUCCUGGGAAGAAUGCAUGAAUCUCAGGGAAGUUAAGUUUUCUUUUACAGUCACUUAAGAAGUUAAAUCAUGCAAAUGUUAUCAAGCUGAAAGAAGUUAUAAGGGAAAAUGAUCAUCUUUACUUUGUUUUUGAAUACAUGAAAGAAAACCUAUAUCAACUAAUGAAAGACAGAAACAAAUUAUUUCCUGAAUCAGUCAUUAGGAACAUCAUGUAUCAGAUAAUACAAGGACUUGCGUUUAUCCAUAAGCAUGGAUUUUUUCACCGUGAUAUGAAGCCUGAAAACCUGCUGUGCAUGGGUCCAGAGCUUGUCAAAAUAGGAGAUUUUGGAUUAGCCAGAGAGAUUAGAUCACGUCCACCAUAUACAGACUAUGUAUCCACACGAUGGUAUCGUGCUCCUGAAGUGCUAUUGCGAUCCUCUGUUUAUAGCUCUCCAAUUGAUAUAUGGGCUGUGGGCUGCAUUAUGGCUGAACUGUACACUCUGAGACCACUCUUUCCAGGGACCAGUGAAGUGGAUGAAAUCUUUAAAAUUUGUCAAGUGUUAGGCACACCAAAGAAAAAUGAUUGGCCAGAAGGUUAUCGGCUUUCACUUGCUAUGAAUUUCCGAUUUCCACAGUGUGUACCCACACAUCUGAAGACAUUGAUUCCCAAUGCUAGUGAUGAAGCAAUACAACUAAUGAAAGACUUACUACAUUGGGAUCCGAAAAAAAGGCCAAAUGCCAGUCAAGCACUACGAUAUCCAUAUUUCCAAGUUGGCCAAUCUUUAGGUAAUACAGUGCAAUAUGUGCAACGGUCAAAGUUACAGAACAAAAUGGCUCAGCCAACAGAACUCAAGCAAGUAACUUUGCCAAAGUAUGAAUCUCUGCCUCAGUCUCCACAGUCUGUACUUUCUUCUCAACCUCCGCUAAACAGAACUCAUCAACCAUUUCAACAGGUGCAAAUGCCGUUGCAGACUGUUAACCGAGAACCUCAAAAAGAGAUGUUCAAAUUCAAACAAACCAUUCUUCCCUCCAUCAUUAACAACACCUAUCAGAAUCCAACAUCAGGAACUAGCAAUAAUGCAGCAGGUUUUAAAAGUGGCCGACGGCGCUGGGGUCAAACUGCGCUGAACACUAAGGACAGUUGGGAUAGUUUUCAAAAUUCUGACUUUGGACUGCCAUACUCUAAAGAAUCUAGUAUGAUACCAGUAAAAGAAAAAUCCAGCAAUGAUUCUCUUCAAAGGAUGGCUGAGCACAAUCAACAAAACUAUAACAUUGGAGGAAACAAAACGGUUCCAAAUACCACCAUGAUGAGACUGGAUUCUGGAUUAUCUACAUCUUCAGCUAGGCAACACUAUUUGAGGCAGUCAAGAUACCUUCCAGGAGUGCAUCCCAAGAAUACAUCAGUUAUAGCAAACAAAGAUACCAGCAGGGCACAAGGAAUUAUUGGUGGAGAGUUUUCUAUUGGAAGGGUUCAUGCAGGAAAGCUGGAAGUUUUUAAUCCUGAUUAUAAUUCAUCUCGAGGUUAUAAUCCAUCCUUUCUGAAGAAGGAGGUUGGGUCAGCAGGGCAAAGACUGCAGUUUGUUCCUAUUGGAGGAUCCACAGGCAACUACGAUGCAUGGAAAACCAAAAUAACCAGGUCUCAGCUCCCAAGCUCCAACUACAACUCUGCUACGAAAAAAUCCCCAGGAGUUUUAACUCAUCCACCGACCAUUGAGUCAGUACAUGGAAGAACUGAUUGGACAACUAAAUAUGGUGGCCGUAGAUAGACCAUCAACACUCUGUGCUAUCAACCCCUACUGACCAUCUUGAACUGGGAACUACUGCUAGCCCAAAUGAAACCGCAGCGUCAAAACUGUCUGAAAACUGUAAAGAUUGUAAAACCAAAUCAUAUGAAACUAUUUCAUUUAGGAUGGUAUUAUUUAUGAUUGAUUGUUCAUGGAUUAUUUUCUACCUUGGAAUCAAGUGGCUCUUCUCAAAUUUCAAAAUGUAAUAGUCUGUUUACAUUUAAUUAGUCAGGCAAUGACUGGAGCUCUAGACUAUGCAAUGUUCCCAGUAGAAAUUAAUUUAAACAUUUUAAUAUUUAAAUAUUUUUAUAAUUGGUUUUAUUUAUAUAAUGUGCCUUGUGGAUAUUAUAACAUUAUGACUUUUCUUGACAUUGUACCUAGUAUUUGAGAAUCUAGAACAGAUCUUGAUGGUCCUCGUACACUAUAAAAGGGAGCUUUGGGAACUUUACCAAUGAUGAUGCUUCUUUACAACAGACUGGAAUGAAUGGUGCCAAGAAGUCAAAGAAUCCAAGUCAACUUAUUAGAAUGUAAUAUUUGUUUCUUGUUUCAUUAUUUAAAAAAAUAGAGAUCAGUAUUUCUUGUUUCAAAAAAAAAUGGAAGAACUCAGAUGCUGGAAAUCAGAAACAUAAACUGAAAUUGCUGGAAAAUCUCAGCAGGUCUGGCAGCAUCACCAGACCCGAAACAUUAACUCUGAUUUCCCUCCACAGAUGCUGCCAGACCUGUUGAGAUAUUCCAGCAAUUUCUGUUUCUGUAUCAGUGUUUCUUGCCCAGAUUUGCCCAGGAGUUUUAGGCACCAGAGGAAGAGCGACUGAUCAUCAUAUCAGAUAACAAAAAAAUUCUUAAUAGCUGCAUAUUCAGCUUCUUAAAACCUAGUUCUAUGUUUAAUGUAUGUCCUUGCUCAGAAAGUCUCACAUUUCUUCAAUAAUUUGUUUGAAGUGCAGUAAUUUCUGUAGUUGUUAAUAUACAAUUAAAGUAAUAA